UGACUUCCGCUCACUCCGUGCCCUGCACUCUGCACAGCUUCUCACAGUUCCUUUUCCUGUCGCUCUCUCGCUCGCCCGCUCGCUCCAUCUGUCCGUCCGCCUCUCCGUCUGCGCUCGAGGACCGCGACGUUAGAGCGAGAGGAGCGCGAGGUGCAGCGCGCCUGAGGCCGUCGGACCAUCGCCCUCCCGACCCAUCGGAGAAGCCGCCAUUUCCGCCCUGCACCGCCGGGAAGAUGCUGCGACGGAAGUCCUCCAACGCUUCGGAGAAGGAGCCGGCGCAGGUCCAGAAGAAGAAGCUCUCGCUGCAGAGAUCGAGCAGCUUCAAGGACUUCAUGAAGCCCAAGCCCACCUCUCCCGUGGUGGCCGACAAGGAGUUCACUUUGGGCGAGACGCUCGUGGAGGAUGAGGCCCUGGAGGAUUCUGGGAAAGGCAGCAGUAAGCUGGGGAAAAGGUGGCGAGCUGUGAUCACGCGUACCAUGACCCGCAGGACCUCCAAGAUGGUUCAGAAGACCCUGGCGGAGGAGGGGCUGGAGAGCGGGGAGGACAGCCCCGUGUCCCCCGCGUCCAACGACUGGACGCCCGACCUGUGCUCCGGCCAGCGCACCUCCAUGUGCUCCAGCGAAUCGGAGGACGCCUCGCACCCGCCACUGUCCCGCCAGUUCUCUGGCUGUGGGGACAGGCAGAGCUUGGACAGUGGCUACAGCCAGCGGGACAGCAUGCGUUUGGAGGACAGCCCCGCCCCUUACAACGGGCCUUUCUGCGGCCGCGCCCUCGUUCACACAGACUUCACUCCCAGCCCAUACGACAUCGAGUCCCUCAAGCUGCAGAAGGGCGACAUCAUCGACAUCAUCGAGAAGCCCCCCGUGGGCACCUGGACGGGGAAGCUCAACAACAAGGUGGGCUCCUUCAAAUUCAUCUACGUGACCCUUCUGCCGGAUGAAGCCACGCCCCCUCUGAAGAGGCGGGGCCACGGCAAACGCCACAGGUCCAAACCGAAGACCCUGACAGAGGUGCUGGAGAGGAUCAGCCUGACCGAGCUGAGCCCCCUCCUCUGCAUGCAUGGCUUUGACAACCUGGACAAUUUCCGGGGUCUGAAGGAGUCCCACCUGAAUGAGCUCAACAUCAUGGAGCCAGAUCACCGUUCGAAGCUGCUGUCCACCGCGGAGCUUCUACAAGACUCUGAUGGGGAGACUGAUGAGGGAGAGGAGGAUGGCAACGAGAAGACGCCGGCCACCCGGGACUCGGGCUGCUUCGAGAGCACGGAGAACCUGGAGAACGGACGCGAGGAAGCCGAGCCAGAGGCACAGACUGAACCGCAGACCAAACAGGAACCAGAAGCAGAACUGCAGCAGGACCUGGAACCUGAGCUUGAUGCUGUUCUGGACCAGCUGCAGGACCUAACAGUGGAAGACACAUCCUAGGAGAAGCAAGGUGGGGCCCCAAGCUUUUUUCUUCACCACUUCGCAGAGGGACCACAGGCGAGACGAAGGAGACAAGAAUGGCAGAAGCACCAGCCCGUCCACUGUGCGAGCAGCAUGGUCCUUUCGGACGUCUCCACGUUCAAGCCUCGCAUUCUGACUUUGAAAUUCUCACAUCUCUUUUACCUUCCCACUGGUGUCGGUUUCAAGGCGGUGACAGGACCUUCCUUCCUACCAGGAAAAUGCCGGACUGGAUGAGACAUUUAAGGUGGUUUAACCCAGGGUUGAUCCAGCUGCCACUAGAGAGAUUCCAUACUGACCUGUGGGCUGGAUCUGGUCUGUUCUGAGCUUUUUAUGAGCAUUUUAUCCAACAAUUAUUUUUAAGUAUGGACAGCUUGCAUCUGUGUUCACUCGGAGUCUCAUAAAUAUUACUGACGUUCAAAUUUGCAUGUCACUCAGGGUGGUUCUUGUAACAGGUCAAAAGAGCUGCACACAAAACAUGCUCUUGUGCAUUGCUGGAGCUCACUCUUGUACAGCUUUGUCUUUAUGAAACUUCUUUCCAGAGCUGAAGACUUGUAUAUUUAAAACUAAUCACGCAUAAUAUCGUCGCAUUUUUAGUUAGUUUGUACAUACACAUAUUCGUUCCGUUCUUAUUUGUGGCUUCACGUUGUAUGGAUUAGCCUUCUAUUUUUG